GCCUGAGAUGCACCUCCCCCACCCAGGCCAUCCAGGUCUACACCCCCACCAGUCGAGCGGCCCCAUGCCCAACCCGGCUCUCUACGCUGCUCCCCCUGUCUCCAUGUCCCCUGGACAGCCCCCUCCACAGCAGCUGCUGGCCCCGCCCUUCUACCCUCCGCCAGGUGUCAUGACCUUUGGGAACACCACCUACCCCUACCCGGCAGGAGCCACCCUGCCCCCCAUGUACAACCCUCCGGCCCAGUCGCAGGUGUACGGCCAGUCGCAGGUGUACGGUGGGGUGACGUACUACGACACAAUGCAUCAGCAGGCCCAGCCCAAACCCUCGCCCCCACGGCGCUCCUCCCAGCCCGUCACCGUCAAACCUCCCCCACCAGAGGUAGGGUACGGCCCGGAGUGAGCCCCAAACCCAGCGACCCAACAACCGAACCGGAGUGGGAAGCCCAGUCAGGAGGUCAGAUCCUAGCACGACGUUCCGAAUGGCUACGUCAGUGGGAAGAGGACGAGGGACAGGGAGACGGGGUCUGCAAUCAAGGACCAGCACCACGUGUGGAGCGGAUGAUGAAUAGGAUUUUUUUUGUUAUCUUUAAAAAAAAAAAAAAAAAUCUGUGAUGUUAUCCGCCUUUUGUUAAGGUGCACCAUUGGUCGGUCGCCCACAAUACUGAAGGGUUUUUGCUGUUUUGGUUCACCUACCAGUGUUUUCCCUCUGAGUGGUGUGCUGUCUUAAAAACCCUGUAAAAUGUAACCGUACAAAACCGUUAAAGAAAGCCCUUGGUAACAAUUCCUCUGUAAACAUUACGUGACACCAAUGAUGACAUUCGUAGAUAUUUGUUCCUUCUAACAAUCUGUCGUUCAACUGUAGGUAUAUUCAUUCAAACAAUAUGUUGUAAGCUCGAACAAAUGUUUAGGACUGGGUUAAAUGUGUCACGUGAGUAUUAUGGAGCGUUCUAACUGGGGUAGUUGGUCAUUUAUGUGGGUUAGCUAGAGCUGUGUUUGUCCCACCCACCAGACAUUCUACUCCGGUUUCCGCAAUCCUGCCCAUUUUCUAGCUAACAUUUACAGUCCCCUAUGUAUUUACUUGGACAGUAAAGCAAAACUUUUAAUUUGUCUCUUUUACUCCAGCAUUUUGGAUUUGAGAUCACAUGUUUCAUACGAGGCGACAGUACAGAAUGUCACCUUUUUUAAUUUGAGGUUAUUUUCCUUUUUAGAAAUGGAAGCACUAUGUAUCUAGUCCCCCGAUUUUGAAGAUGUCAUAAAUAUUUCGACAAAUUCACUUGUGUAUUAACGUAGUUCAAAGUUUCUGAACAUUUCUACAUUAAUUUGGAUGCUACCGCGAUUACAGAUAAUCAUGAAUGAAUCUUUAAUAAUGAUGAGUGAGAAAGUUUGAGGCACAAAGAUCUUACCCUCAAGACAAGCUACCCUCUCACCAUUACCAAUAACAGGAGGUUAGCAUUUUUUGGGUGGGUAUGAUUAUGUGCCUCGUGACUUUCUUACUCAAAAUGAUUAAAGAUUUUAUUCAUGAUUAUCCGUAAUCAUGGAGGCAUCCUUAUUAAUGUUCCGAAACACAUUCUACUUUUAUUUACAAUAAGUGGCUCCAAAAUGACUACGUUAUUUACCAUUCAUUUCUAUUGGGCACAACAAUAAUCUGAAGCACAACCAAAACAAACUGCAAAUGCAUCCAAGUUUGAAUCUUAACAAGCUUGAUGUAGUCGUUGCGAGCUAUGAAUAUGGGAUGAAACACUACACUUGACUACUUUAAUAGACUAGAAGUGAAAUUGUCCAAAUAUUUAUGAUACCUUCAAAUGGGGGGACUAGAUACAUAAAGUACUGUAAUUUCUAAAAGUUAUAACAGAUUUGUAUGACAGUACCUUCAAAUAAAAUAAACAUUUGAAUCUAAAAUGCUGGAGUAUAGAGCCAAAUGAAAUGUUUUUGCUACACUGUCCAAAUAAAUAUGUAGUGGAGUGUGUCCCACUUCAUCAUGCAACAGCACCGUAAGUCUUAUUAUAAUAUUUGUAUGGUUUCAAGUCCAGUAAACACACACUUUUUAGAUAAAGAAUAUAUCCUAUAUACAGAUGGUGCUUACCUAUAGCUAGUACCCUAGAAUUUCAAGUUAUUUUCCUUUUCUCUUGAAACCUUCCACAUUGUACUUUUUUUUUUUUUUUUACCUAAUACUGUAUUACCAGAGAACCAUUUAACCUUGCCUGAAACUGAUGUACUUGACAGUGCUACUGCUUGGUGAUAGCUUUCUAAUGUAAGUGUAUAUAGAUAAAUGUAUAUUAAAGCCUGUGGUUUAAAUGAGCAGAAAUGCUACCACCUUGUUAUCAAAUGAAUACUGUCACUAUGAACAAAAGUCGGCAGGGACGUCCAGUAUGUUUUCUUUAUACAUGGUUAUGGAUGGAUAAAAUAGGAUAUCUCUGGCUUUUGAACUGAAAUGGUUGUUUGGAAGUUUGCACUUUCCUUUUUUAUUUCCCCCCUCAGAGUCCUUUUGUUAAAGUGGAGUGACCGAUGAGGCCUGGAUCUGAUUUGUCUGUUUGCAGAACAUACUGCUGAUCCCAAAUGUUUUUCCCUUAAGAAAAUUCCUUUAACUUAGGCAGCGUUUACACAGGCAGCCCAAUUCUGAAUGUUUUCCACUAAUUGGUCUUUUGACCAAUCACAUCGGAUAUUUUUCAGAGCUGAUCUGAUUGGUCAAAAAACCAAUUUAGUGGGGGGCAAAAAGUCAGAAUGGGCUGCCUUUCUAAAAGCAGCCUAACGAACCUACAAUACAUGCAUGUUAUACAUACAUAGACAUGAUUGUGAACGUAAUUCAGUUGGUGCUGGUGGCUGCACGCUGUUAUAGUAAGUCUGCCAUACAAGGGCAAGUUAUUGAUGCAUCGUUUAAAUAGGCUUUUUUUUUUCUUUAAAAAAAACAAACCUGAAUCAGUAUAAAUUGAGUUGUAUUAAAAGUUAUUUGUUUAGAAAUGGCUGGUAAGAAUGUUAUUUUAAAUGUUUUUUUCUCUGCCUUACGGAUAAAUAGGUUUGACAUGUUUAAUUUGACUAGACCUGCCAACACUGUGAGGGCUUGUUUGUUUCAUAGGUGUUUGAAUAUAUAAAAGUAUUAUUUUUUUCUUAUUUGUGGAGCAAAUUUUGUUUAGACAGAGGAACAUUAAACAAAAUCUAGUGAAA